AUGACCGCGGGGGCGGGCGUGGAGGUCCCCCACGCGGCGGGCGACCAAUGGGUAGACCAAGCGGACGACCAGGCGGCAGCCACUUUGGUCGACCAGAUCUUCGAAGUUGAUUCUCCUCGCGAGAUGACACGGCCUGAAACGAACUAUCUUUGUGUUGUUGAAGGCGAGUACGACGAAGAAGUCGUCAAAUCGGGGUCAUCCAUCAAUGGGGCUGUUGAGGGUUCAAAGAGCAGCGGCGCGAAUCCGGUGACCCACUUCCGAGUGCUGGAAACCGGUGCUGGUCUUUCAUUGCUGCAGGUACGUGCACGCCCUGAUUUGCAGGGUCAGAUCCGUCAACAUCUUGCUCAAUCGGGACAUCCCAUCCUCGGCGAUACGGACUUUGGAUCGACACGCGAUGAUCUCAAACGAUUGGCGAUGCAUGCCUUUGAAAUUCGCUAUGAGGAUCCUGAAACAGAGAAGAUCGCUCGUGUGCGUGUGCCGGCUCCCCACUCGUUCUGGAGCGUGAUGGGGGCUGAGCCCGCGAUCGGGAUGUCUGCUGAAGCGGAAGAGAUCGCGUCGAAUCCUGAUCAAGAGGGCUGGGACAAGGUCGCUGGUUGGUAUGACAAUCUGCUCUCGGUACGUGGUUCGGAUCAUCACGAGGACCUGAUCCUUCCCGGUGUCACGCGGCUCGUGAACCUAAAACCAAACGAACGGCUGCUUGAUGUUGCGUGCGGACAAGGGCUUGUCGCUCGGCAUCUGAUCGCGCAACAGCCCGGCGCUACAGGUGUUGGGAUUGAUGCAUCUCCCGAGUUGAUUGAACGAGCGACAGGGCAAUCACCCGAAUCGAUCUCGUAUGUUGUUGGAGAUGCGCGAACGCUCGGAGCGGCUGAGCUUGGUGAUCAGGAGUAUGACGCGGCGGUGUGUGUGCUUGCGUUGAUGAACAUUGAUCAACUUGAUGAUGUCUUCGCAGGAGUUUCGUCUAGAUUGAAGGUCGGCGGUCGAUUUGUUGCUGUGAUUCUUCACCCAGCGUUCCGGAAUCCAGGGGCUACAGCGUGGGGGUGGAUCACUGAUGAACGAACAAGGCAACCGGUCCAGUUCCGGCGUGUGGAUCAGUACAUGAGCGAGCGGACGCAGGAGAUCGUCAUGAAUCCGGGACAGGUGAGUUCUGGUGCAGCCGCGAUCAAGACGCAUACACACCAUCGCCCCAUGUCGAGCUAUGUCACUUCGAUGGGGAAGAAUGGGCUGCUCGUAGACACGAUCGAGGAAUGGUCGAGCAAGCGUGAAAGCGAGCCUGGACCUCGCGCUAAAGCGGAGAACACGGCUCGCGAAGAAAUCCCGAUGUUUAUGGCGAUCCGUGCCAUCCGAUCCGCUUGA